AUGUCGGAAAGUUAUACAAGUGCAGCUAGUGUCAUAGCGACCGCUACCGUUGCUUCCAGUGAAAUUGGUUCGCUGUCAGUUGCAAAUGGUUUGGAAACCUUCGACUUUCAGAAAUCCAGAAAUCACAUCUCGAAUAGCAGGCUACCGCACUCACUGGUAUUAGGAAAUCAACCAAAGCCCAGUUAUUCCAAUAUCACAGUUUCCAGUCAGGCAGAUAGCUCAAUUAAUAUGAAUGUUUGCUCAAAUAGCAACGAGGAUAAGCAAAAAAAGCGCCGAAAUCGAACGACAUUUACUAGCUUCCAACUCAACGAAAUGGAGCGCAUAUUCCAGAAAACUCACUAUCCAGAUGUUUACGCUAGGGAGCAACUAGCUCUAAGAACAGGACUUACUGAAGCCCGAGUUCAAGUGUGGUUCCAGAAUCGGCGAGCGAAAUGGCGUAAACGAGAAAGACUUUGCAAUGGUAAUAGUACCAGUGGUGUGGGAACUAUUUCUCCAAUGCCUUCAGUAUUCUGCUAUGGAGAGUUCCCCGAUAACUCACAUGUCUUCCCUGAAGGAUUUCGAAAAGGUUUCGAACAUCCUGAGGUGCCGUUCCCUUCUGAUUUAAUAGGAAGAAGGCCAGAGUAUUCUCAAUUUUUUUGUAAUUCUAUGCGUUCAACUGGACAGUAUCAGAAAGCUCUUCUGCCCAGAUAUGUUAAACCACCGAAUACACAAGUACCCUUCAAUGAGGCUACGAGAAUAUUCAAUUCACUUAUGCCCAAACUGUAUAAUCCUACCGUUGAAGUUCCCCAUUCACAAAUUUCUCACCACCAAUCACCAUCGUCUCUUCCACCUUCAUCACAUAUUCCAGUGUCCGUAUCUCUUUCACAGCAGCAAAAUCUACACCAUCCACACAUUCACAAUGCAUCCCAAUCCUCUUUCAAUCUUCCUGUGAAUCUUAAGGCUCCUGAGGGUAUAUCGAAGUUCAUGAAGGAAUGGCCAGAGUCAGACGAUGCGAGAUGGGCGCUUCACGAUGGUCAAUGGAUGAAGCAGAAGUGUCAACAGCCUGGAAUUUCGACUACAAAUCAAUCUCCAAUUUACAGUCAUCCCAGCUUUGAUGCUUAUUCAAAACAUUAUGGCGAAUAUGGUUGCUCUGAGCUGUCACUAUCAUCGCUGAAUAAAUAA